GUGAACUGCAGAGGCGCACCGUGCCAGAGCCAGGAUCACUACAGGAUCUCGCUCUGUGAGCGCAGCAACAAGCCGCAGGAGUGAGUGCCUUUCUGCUCACACUUUCUGCGUCCGACGGGCCGAGUCUGCAGACGGAGAUUGGCGCACAGAGACAUGACACGCACAUAGAGAGACGGGUCCGUGAUCGGUAACGCAGGUGGAUCGCAGUUUUCCUCCUCUGAAGAUGACUAGAGGCUUGAGGCGCCUGCGACAGCCUGCCUGGGUUGUGAUUUGGCUCGUACUGUACGCCACCAUACAACUAUCCGACUCUGCGGCUUGCAAUGGAUGUGGGGGCUCCAAGUGUGACUGCAGUGGAGUGAAAGGAGAAAAGGGGGAAAGGGGUUUCCCAGGUCUUACCGGACAGCCAGGGGUCCCAGGGUUCCCCGGACCUGAGGGACCAAUCGGAACUAGAGGAGAGAAGGGAAGUGAUGGACCUUCGGGACCAUCUGGUCCAAAAGGAAUAAGAGGACCAUCUGGAUUGCCUGGAUUUCCAGGAACGCCAGGACUUCCAGGUCUGCCAGGACAGGAUGGACCCCCGGGCCCAAGGGGAGUGCCGGGUUGUAACGGGACAAAGGGUGAACCUGGUUUUCCAGGAAGUUCAGGAAUACCUGGACGACAAGGACUUCCAGGUCCACCUGGUCUCCCAGGAGAAAAGGGAGACCGUGGAGAUGUGUUUUACAACAACAAUUAUGGACAAAAAGGAUCAGUCGGUUUGCCCGGAUUGCCAGGAUCUCCGGGCAGUCCUGGACCCAUAGGUUUACCAGGCCCUACUGGCCCUCCAGGACUUCCAGGCUACGAGGGUGUUCCAGGUCCUCCAGGUCCACCUGGACCUAAGGGAAACAUGGGUUUGAACUUUGAAGGUCCCAAAGGAGACAAGGGUGAUCAAGGGUUGCCGGGACCUCCCGGUCCUCCAGGACCAGGUCAGGGGGAACAGGUCAGACCACCACCAACAGAGAUCCAGAGAGGAGACAAGGGUGACCCUGGCCCUCCAGGUCUACCAGGUGACCCAGGCAACCCAGGUCCACCUGGUCCCUCUGGUGGCCAGAAGGGAGAGAAAGGAGAACCAGGAGAAGCAGGAAAACGAGGAAAACAAGGCAAAGACGGAGACCCAGGAGCUCCAGGAUACCCAGGACUUAAAGGAGAGCCUGGAAGUCCAGGUCUCCCAGGCCGAGAUGGAGAGAGAGGGCAAAAAGGCGACCGAGGAUUUCCGGGACCUCCAGGACCGGUAAUUCGGCCUACGAAUGGAGCUGUUGUUGGUCAAAAAGGUGAACCCGGUUUUCCUGGAAAUCCUGGAGCCAAAGGAGAAAGAGGACCGUCAGGUUUCCCAGGGCCUCAGGGAGCACCAGGAAUUCCUGGAAUAGGUGGCAGCGGUCCUCCGGGUCCUCCAGGUUUCCCUGGAGACAAAGGUCAGAAAGGAGACCCAGGCACUCCUUCGAAUGCCUUGCCCGGUCCCCCAGGACGUCCGGGAAAUCCCGGGAAUCCUGGUCCACAAGGGGCGCGUGGACCUCCCGGCUAUUCAUCACCGAUCGAUAACUGCCUUCCUGGAGAUCCUGGGCUUCCUGGAAUCCAGGGUCAAAAAGGUUUCCCUGGAGAGCAAGGCCAGAAAGGUCAGAAGGGAGAAACCUGUGUGAACUGCAUUGACGGAGGCAAUCUUAUACCGGGGCCCCCAGGGCCUCCAGGUCCGCCAGGCUUCGCAGGCCCUCCUGGCCCGCCAGGUGUAAAGGGAGAACCAGGUUUUCAAGGAAUAACAGGCCUUAGUGGACCCCCUGGUGUUCCUGGUCCUGUAGGUGCUCCAGGUUUCCCCGGAGAGAAAGGAGAGCCAGGAGAUACCUUCGGAGGUGGUGGUGUGAAAGGAGAGAAGGGUGACAGUGGUUUCCCUGGACCACCCGGUCUGCCUGGCCUGGAUGGUCGACCCGGUCGUGACGGAGCACCUGGGCCUCCUGGCCCCAAGGGAGCUCCUGGGUCUCUGCUCUUAAAAGGAGAACGAGGUCCCCCUGGUGACACAGGUCCGCCCGGCAUCCCAGGAGACAGAGGUCCACCAGGCGGCCCUGGCUAUGGAGUCCCGGGUCCACCAGGGGAGAAAGGUGCUCAAGGCAACUCAGGAGCACCUGGCACUUCCGGAAAUCCAGGUGUAAAAGGUGAACCAGGUCCGACGGUCACAGAGAAGGGUCAACCAGGACCCAAAGGAAUAGAUGGCAACCCAGGGUCACCCGGUCCGCCAGGUCCGCGAGGUGCGGAUGGACAGCCUGGUUCACCAGGUUUUCCUGGACCAAAGGGUGAACCGGGACAACCGGGCGUCGGCCUUCCAGGUCCUGCAGGAGUUAAGGGAUUCCCAGGUAUUCCGGGCCAGCCGGGAACACCUGGAAAAGUAGGGAGACCGGGAGUAGAUGGAUUCCCCGGGCCACCAGGGUUUCCUGGACCAAAGGGUGAGGCAGGCUUUGGACUUCCUGGUCCUCCAGGUCCACCUGGAAUAGCAGGAGCUAAAGGAUUCCCUGGACAAAAGGGAGAUCCUGGUUUCCCCGGCAACCCAGGUGGACCAGGGCGACCUGGGUUUGAUGGCGGACCAGGACUUAAAGGGGAGCCCGGCUCACCAGGCCAACCUGGACCUCGUGGGCCCCCUGGAAGCUCAACAAGUGGUGCACAGGGUCCUCCGGGCCCUCCUGGACCCCCCGGGCCAAUGGGACCAAUAGGAUACCCAGGAGCAAAUGGAGAGAAAGGAGACCCAGGUCCACCAGGCUUAGACAUCCCAGGGUUACCAGGUGACAGAGGGAAUCCUGGUUUUCCUGGCCCCCCUGGACCAAUAGGAAUCCCAGGACCCCCUGGAGGACCUGGAAGGGACGGCGCACCUGGAUUUCCAGGUCCAAAAGGUGACAUGGGUCCAAUGGGACCUCCAGGACCAUCUGGAGGACCUGGCACUCCGGGAGGACCUGGUGCACCUGGUCUUAAAGGUGAACCAGGAUUUCCAGGCAGUAACGGCAUCCCAGGUGGACCUGGUUCUAAAGGAGAAAAGGGAGACUCAGGUUCCCCGGGACUCCCAGGACCCAUUGGGCCAGUAGAUAUAAGAGGAGCUAAAGGAGAUCCUGGAACUCCAGGAUCACCAGGCUUUCCCGGACCCAAAGGCAUUGCAGGUCUCCCUGGUGACCCUGGAUUGCCUGGACAAGAUGGACGCCCUGGCAUUCCUGGUCCGCCAGGGCUAAAGGGAGAACCUGGUAUCCCAGGGAGUCCUGGUGGUCCUGGAUCUCCAGGUCCAAAAGGCGGAAUGGGCGAUAUGGGAAUUCCAGGACCUAUGGGGUCAAAAGGCUCACCAGGUUUUCAAGGUAGGCCAGGAUCCCCAGGUCAGCCAGGAAUACCUGGUCUCCAAGGACCAAAAGGUGACCCAGGUUCUGGUGGUGUUGGACCACCUGGACCACAGGGACAAAAGGGAGAUCCAGGUCAGCCCGGAUUCCCAGGAAGUCCUGGAGCUAAAGGAGGUCCGGGAACACCUGGUCUUCCUGGUUUACCAGGGCUACCGGGGGUUAAAGGAGAUGUAGGCCUCGCAGGAUUCCAAGGUCCUCCUGGUUUCCCCGGUCCAAAGGGUCUUGAUGGUCUGCCUGGUGCCCCUGGUCUCACAGGAGCUCCAGGUAGACCAGGAGAGUCUGGUCGAUCAGGACCACCAGGACAGGUCGGGGAGAAGGGUCAGCCGGGAAGAGAUGGGAUCCCAGGACCAGCCGGUAUCAAAGGAGAACCAGGAAUUCCUGGCUUUGGUGUUCCAGGUCCUCCUGGGAUUCCAGGGUCGCCAGGUGAAAAAGGAAACCCAGGCCUUCCUGGUCCUACUGGAGGCCCAGGAUUUCCUGGCCCAAAAGGGGACACCGGCUUUCCAGGUCCACCAGGUUCUCCAGGUGUCAGUGGCCCUCCAGGUCCUCCGGGACUGCCAUUCCAGGGCCCUAAAGGAAAUCAAGGACCUCCCGGGCCGCCUGGAAGAUCAGGUAAAGGACUUGGGUGGCACUUAUCACCACAUGGUUGGUUGGAUGUUCCUGCCUGGUUUUCUGAUGUCAGAUGGCAGAAGUCAAUAAAGCUACAACAUCUAAGCUAAAACCCAAGCUAAAGCUAAGACAUUCUAAAUGUAUGCUUAACCAAGCAUAAAGGUAACCACCUUUUCUGCGAAAAUGAUUUCAUACAUAUAAAUCUUGAGCAAUGACACGGUCCAGUUGUCUGUAUCUCAGAGAACCAGGCAGAAGCUCCACGUUGAAUAUAGUCUGUCGUCACCGUGUUGGUUGAUUUGCAUGGGUCAUUGUUUCACCAAUCAGCACCGCCGGCCAGAGAGCCGGGCCCCUGCUGAGUUCCAUUCUGAGCACCAGGUUUUCAACUUGACACCAGAGCAUGUUGGGAUUCUUCCCUCCUCUUACACCCCGCCACACUCUUCACCGGGAUUUCUCUUCGUGCCGAAACACUACGUUCACAAUGUAGUGGCCGAGUCGCCAUCUCGUGUUUCCUCUUCACCCAGCUCAUCCACCCACACGUUUCCUCACCCAUGUUUCCCGCUCUCUUUGAUCCCAUCUUGAGGCCUGGUGUGAGCUCCUCAUCUCUCCACAGUCCUGAGCUACGAGUGACUUGUGUGUGUGUCCCAACUUUACACAGCCUGAGUGUGUGUGGUUCCUGUAGGCAUUUGUCAAUUGGAUUUAAUCACCUAAGCCACAGACAAACUCAAAAUAUUCUCAUAACGCUGUUUGAUUUUUGAUCAAACAGGCUUUUUUUUUUUUUUUUGAGUUAUUGUGUCACAUUUAGCAUAUCACAAUUAUAAAUGAGAACGCACCAUUUGUUCAGCGGAUGACAAUUUCUGUCACUGACAGAAGGUCUGACAGAUCAAACAACAUCAGCUAGCCAGACUGUUGUAAUAUCUGUGACUGGUUGUCAGAAGAGCUGUGGCUCACCGCUAAGAUGCUAAUAACCGAGAUGUGCUCCAAACACCACCGAAGUAUUUUUGGAAUAUUUUGAAGCCAUGUCCUGUGAAGUAAUUGCUUCAUUUACAGCAUGUAUUAACAAAUGUGAUCUCCACUGAAAUGUUGUUUCAGUGGAGAUCAAAUAAAUCCUUAAGAGUCAUGAAAGGCUAACAUUUAGCUGAGCAAGCACUGGAGUAGCAAAGUUUAGUUAUUUAAAACAACUCAAAAUGGAAAUGUUUAUAUAAAUGUUAAUGCAAUGCCAUAUUAGCAUUAUUUAGCCUUUCUCUUAGCCUACUAAUGCCAAUGUUGCUAUGCAAAACAACACUGGUUUCAAUCAGCUAAUCGGCUAAGCUAAUCAGGAUGAUAUCCAAACAAGUAGAAGACCUGGGGGAAAAAAGCAGAGGAACAAACUAUCUUUGAUCCAAA